AUGCGGUUACCCAGGGCUAUCGCUGCGAUAGUUGGGCUGGGCUCUUUUGCGCCCAUGCUUGUCGGUGCACAGGGCGAAACCAAAAUCCACGAAAAGGGCCGUUGUGCUAUACGAGGUCAUUGUGGAAAGCAGUCUAUUUUCGGGGGAGAACUACCCUGUCCCGAUAAUGACCUGGCACAGCAACCAGAAGACGCAGUCCGCCAGAAGUUGAUAAAUCUGUGUGGCACCAAGUGGAGCGAAGGCCCAGUCUGUUGUCUAGAUGAACAGAUCGACGCGCUUUCAAGUAACCUCAAACUAGCAGAGGGAAUUAUCGCAUCCUGUCCCGCCUGCCGAGACAACUUCUUCAACAUCUUCUGUACCUUUACGUGCUCCCCCGAUCAGUCGCUAUUCAUCAAUGUCACCAAAACAGAAGAAAACAGCUCUGGCAAAAGACUUGUGACCGAGUUGGACAAUAUUUGGUCCAAAGAGUACCAGAGCGGCUUCUUCGAUAGCUGCAAGAACGUGAAGAACGGUGCAUCGGGUGGAAAAGCCAUCGACUUCAUCGGCGGUGGCGCGAAAGACUAUACCCAUUUUAUGAAAUUUUUAGGUGAUAAGAAGUUUCUCGGAAGCCCGUUCCAGAUUAACUAUCACACAGAGCCUAGUGGAUCUGACCCGCAAGGAAUGGGGGCUUUGUCAAUAAGGCCAAAGGCCUGCAAUGAUGAGGACAAAUCAUUCCGAUGCUCUUGUGUCGACUGCCCGGAUGUGUGUCCGGAGUUGCCUGCCAUCUCUCCCCACGAGAUAUGUCAUGUAGGACUUCUACCAUGUCUAUCUUUUGCCGUCAUCCUCGUUUAUUCCAUCUUUUUGUUGUUUGUUAUCGCUCUCGCGAGCUAUGUUACAUACAAAGAACGCCGGUUCCGCAAACCAGAGCGGGUGCGCUUGCUGCAAGAUCCUACGCCCAGCGAUGACGAAGAUGAGGGGGAAGUCAUGCACCGUGGAGGAUAUAUGGAAAGGUCACACGGAGUGUACAAGCUCAACUCUGUGUUGUCAGCCUUGUUCCAUCAAGUCGGUGGUGCUUGUGCGCGUUUCCCAGGAAUAACAAUAUCUUCCAGUGUCUUUGGAGUGGCACUGCUGAGCCUAGGGUGGUGGAGCUUCACGGUUGAAACGGAUCCGGUGCGACUCUGGGUGAGUCCCUCAUCCGCGGCCGCCCAGGAGAAGGAUUUCUUUGAUCAGAGCUUUGGUCCAUUCUACCGAGCUGAACAGGCAUUCUUGGUGAAUAACCGUCCGGAGAACGAUUCACGUCCGCUCUUGGACUAUGAAACCCUCACUUGGUGGUUUGAUGUCGAGUCUCGUGUGCGGCGCGUGAUCUCGUUGGACCAGGCCCUCAACUUUGAUGACGUUUGUUUCAAGCCGACCGGAGAAGCCUGUGUCGUGCAAUCGGUCACUGGGUAUUUCGGCGGUUCUGUCUUAAAUCUUGACCCAGAUACGUGGAAAGACAGACUAAACCACUGCACAGAGUCGCCUGGGGACCCUAGCUGUCUUCCCGAUUUCUCGCAGCCCCUCAAGCCCGAAAUGAUUCUUGGUGGAUAUGAAGACACAGGGAAUGUCCUGGAUGCCCAGGCACUCAUAGUGACCUGGGUUGUAAACAACUACGCACAGGGAACAGAAGAAGAAGCCAACGCCAUCGAUUGGGAGAACACCUUCCAGGCCGUUCUCGGGGUGGUCCAAGAAGAAGCUGCCGAGAGAGGCCUUCGCGUGUCUUUCAAUUCCGAGGUCAGUUUGGAGCAGGAACUGAAUAAGUCAACCAACACAGAUGCGAAGAUCGUUGUCAUCAGUUAUCUGAUCAUGUUCUUCUACGCCUCGAUGGCCCUGGGUUCGGUCACAGUUACCUGGAGGUCUCUGCUGACCAACCCGUCCAAUGCUCUUGUUCAGUCCAAAUUUACACUGGGGAUUGUCGGGAUCAUUAUUGUUUUGAUGUCUGUGUCUGCAUCGGUCGGACUGUUCUCGCUAGCGGGCGUCAAGGUGACCUUGAUCAUUGCCGAAGUUAUUCCAUUCUUGGUCCUGGCAGUGGGAGUAGACAACAUUUUCUUAAUCGUUCACGAAUUCGAGCGAGUCAAUAUCAGCCAUCCCGAUGAAGAAAUCGACGAGCGAGUUGCCCGAGCGGUUAGUCGAAUCGGACCUAGCAUCUUCCUGUCUGCUUUGACGGAGACAGUGGCCUUUGCCCUGGGCGUCUUUGUUGGUAUGCCUGCUGUCAAAAAUUUCGCCGCAUACGCCGCCGGUGCUGUCUUCAUCAAUGCUAUUCUGCAAAUUACCAUGUUCAUCUCCGUCUUGGCUCUGAACCAGAGACGGGUGCAGAGUCUUCGUGCGGACUGUGUCCCUUGUCUUACUGUCCGAAAAGCAAACUCGUUCGGCUUCCCCGAGGAAAAUCACGGCGGACAAGACGCAGAGAGUACUUUGCAGGCCUUCAUUCGUCGAGUCUACGCUCCGUUCCUCUUAGAUCGUCGAGUGAAAGUUGGCGUUGUUAUAUUUUUCUUGGGUGUUUUGACUGCUGGUCUAGCCUUUAUUCCCGAGGUUCCUCUUGGGUUAGAUCAACGGAUCGCGCUUCCUAGCGACUCGUACCUGAUUUCAUAUUUUAACGACUUGGAUUCAUACUUUGGCGUGGGGCCUCCGGUCUACUUCGUGACCCGGAAUGUGAAUGUUAGCGAGCGAAGUCACCAACAACAGCUCUGUGGACGGUUCACCACUUGCGAGGAAUAUUCACUACCCUUUAUUCUCGAGCAAGAGUCUAAGCGUCCGAAUGUUUCUUAUCUUGCAGGCUCUGCUGCCAGCUGGAUUGAUGAUUUCUUCUAUUGGUUGAACCCCCAGCAAGACUGUUGCAAAGAAAACGGCAAGCUUUGUUUCGAGGAUCGCGUUCCUGCCUGGAACAUCUCUCUCUCGGGGAUGCCAGAAGGACCUGAAUUUAUCCAUUAUGCCAAAAAAUGGAUCGAUGCUCCUACCGAUGCCUCUUGCCCCCUUGGUGGCAAAGCGCCCUACAGCAAUGCGUUGGUGAUUGAUGAGAAGUAUACGACCAUCAAUGCCAGUCAUUUCCGUACUAGUCACACGCCUCUUCGGAGCCAGGAUGAAUUCAUCGAGGCAUAUAUUGCAGCUCGCCGGAUUGCAGAUGGCAUCUCACAGGAGCAUAACAUCGACGUCUUCCCAUAUUCUAAGUUCUAUAUCUUCUUUGAUCAAUACGUUUCCAUUGUGCGACUUACUGGUACCCUUCUUGGGUCGGCGGUGGCUAUCAUCUUCGUCUUAACCUCUGUUAUACUGGGUUCGAUAGCCACGGGCGCUGUCGUUACAACUACAGUGGUUAUGAUAGUGGUCGAUAUCAUUGGCACCAUGGCGAUUGCUGGUGUCUCCCUGAACGCCGUGUCUCUUGUCAAUUUGAUCAUUUGUGUGGGUAUUGGUGUUGAGUUCUGUGCUCACAUUGCCCGGGCAUUCAUGUUCCCCGCUCGACCCAUUAUGGAGAAGGUGCCUGCUGAAUUCCGUGGAAAGGACGCUCGAGCAUGGGCGGCUUUGGUCAAUGUCGGCGGGAGUGUCUUCAGUGGUAUCACCGUAACCAAACUUUUAGGAGUUUGUGUCCUGGCGUUUACUCGGAGCAAGAUCUUCGAGAUCUACUACUUCCGUGUGUGGUUAGCCCUGGUGAUUUUUGCUGCUACGCAUGCUCUCAUCUUCUUACCAGUAGCUCUCAGCUACUUUGGCGGCGGCGGUUACUUUGACCCUGCGUCUGACGGUGGCCUAGAGGCCAAUCUGGCUUCACGUGGCUACCGCUCAUCCCUAGUCCAUGAUGAUUAUGACUCUGAUGAAUAUUAA